AAUUUCAAUCAGAUGAAUAUCUGCAGAUUCUUGAAAAUGAAGAUGCACUGAAAAUACAAGAGAAUGACAAAUCCCUUUAUAUAUGUGAUCAGUUCAGUGGCAUUGUUUUUAACCACCUUCAAAAGCUUGGCUGUAGGAUUGUUGGACCGCAGGUAGUAAUUUACUGUAUGCAAAGCCAGCGAUGUGUUCCGAGGGCUGAUUAUCCAGUUUAUAACAUGGCAAUGGCUGACGUAACGGUGUCCUGUACAAAUCUCCAAAAAGAAGCACGAGAGGAGGUCCACAAGUACGUACAGAUGAUGGGUGGUCGUAUUUACAGAGAUCUUAAUGUGUCGGUAACGCAUCUUAUAGCUGGAGAAGUCGGAAGCAAGAAAUACUUAGUUGCUGCUAAUUUAAAGAAACCCAUUUUACUUCCCUCUUGGGUGAAGACACUGUGGGACAAAUCACAAGACCGCAUGGUUAGAUACACAGACAUAAACAUGGGAAACUUCUUAUGUCCUUUGUUUCGUGGUUGCACAGUCUGUGUAACAGGUCUGAGCAGUCUGGACCGAAAAGAGGUCCAGCGCCUCACUGUUGAGAAUGGUGGCCAGUACUCAGGGCAGCUCAAGAUGAACGAAUGUACCCAUCUUAUUGUUCAAGACCCCAAAGGCCCAAAAUAUGAGUGUGCAAGAAGGUGGAAUGUCCACUGUAUAUCUAUCCAGUGGUUCUUUGACAGUAUUGAGAAGGGAUUUUGCCAGGAUGAAUCAAUGUAUACAGUGGAACCCGGGUCAAAGCAAGAGAGUGCCCCAAGCACAUCAACUCCCACCAAUGAAACCAGCAAGCCCAAUAAUCGGACCCUCUCAGACGUCAGCCAUAUUUCAAAUAUACAUUUCAGUGGUGUUAAUGAAACAGGCUGUAGCUCGGCUGCAAAUAUCAAACUGGAUCUACCCCUUGACGAUCUGAUCAACUUGGAUAUUAGUUCUUUGCAGGCUCCUGAAGAUUUACUAGACGGCUUUCGAAUUUACCUUUCUGGUUUCAGUGGCAGGAAGUUAGAUAAGAUGAGAAGGCUUAUUAAUUCUGGAGGUGGCGUUCGUUUUAAUCAGCUCAAUGAGGACGUAACACACAUCAUUGUUGGUGACUGUGAUGAUGAACUGAAACAAUUUUUGAAGAAAACAUCACAGAGACCAUAUGUUGUGACAGCAAAAUGGCUUCUGGAAUGCUUUAGAAAGGGUUAUUUAGUAGCUGAGGAACAAUAUAUCCCUGCAACAUACCAGCCAGUGGACACUUCCAUUUUGGAGCACCAUGUAAUUAAGUCAGCCCUUCCUCAAAAAAAUAGUUUUUCAAAGAAAGAAGCUGUGAAUGUUACACCAGCUCAUGAAGCAGAUGAAGACCUUCUGUCUCAAUAUGUCACUAAUAAUUCCACUGCAGUUGAUGUUGGUGAUUACAGUGAUACCAAUCACCCCACCAUGCAAGGAAAAGAGUUCCCUGCCAGCAUCAGUUCCUUGGCAGAGACUUCUACAGUUGUUGAAGGAGCCUUGUUCAGUGGCAAGAAGUUUGUUCUUCUGGGCUUUGGCAAAGAAGACGAAUCCUGCAUAAGAAGUCUGGUUGAAGAGUACGCAGGCAAUGUUCUAACUCAACAAAGUAAAGCAGUUGCCGACUAUGCUGUGGUUCCACUAUUGGGGUGCAAAGUGAAGUCAACUGUUGGAGAGGUGGUUACAAAUACAUGGCUGGUGAUGUGUGUCGAACUGCAAGUCCUUCUAGAUCCACAUUCAAGUCCACUUUUCACACCAGUGUCUAUGAAGGAAGGAAACACCCCCUUGGAAAAAUGUGUUUUAUCCUUCAGCCAGUUCAGUGGAGCAGAGAGAGACUCUUUAAUAUACCUGGCAAAUCUGCUUGGGGCAAGAGUUCAAGAAUUCUUUGUGAGAAAGGCCAACCCAAGGAAAGGCAUGCUUGUCAGCACCCAUCUGGUGGUGAAAGAACCAGAUGGUUCUAAGUAUGAGGCUGCAAAGAAGUGGAAUCUCCCAGCUGUCACUAUGGCUUGGCUGCUGGAGUCUGCAAGGACAGGGGAAAAGGCUGAGGAAAACAAGUUCUUGAUUGACGAUGUAGUUGCUGAAGAAGAGACCUUCAAAAAUGAUCCAGCCAAGGCAGGAAUAGGUGCAGCACCUUCAAAUACACUUGACCGACCUCACAGUAUCUUUGAAAGUGGGAAGGGAACAGCUGUGACUCCUCUUGAUAUGAACCGAUUCCAAAGCAAAGCAUUCCAGACCGUUAUUUCACACCACAUUGGUAAAAAGGCAAGCCCUCCACCGGAAGGAAAACCAGUACAGAAAGAGCCAUCUUUGCAUUUGGAUACCCCAUCCAAAUUCUUGUCAAAAGACAAGCUCUUCAAGCCUUCUUUCGAUGUCAAGGAUGCUUUAGCAGCUUUGGCAACUCCAGAGGGUUCUAACCGGCGCAACCGGAAACUGAGCACUCCUCUUUCCGAAGUCAUCGGCAGGAACUUAAAACUGGCUUUGGCAAACAGCACGCGGCAAACGGCAGCUCUCAGUGCUAGUCCUCAGCUGAAGGCCGCACCUCAACAAGUGGAGGAAGACGCAACAGAUCCUCUAGCUCCUCUAACAGAUGUUGUCGUAUGUGUGAGUAAGAAGCUCAGUAAGAGGCAGAGUGAGCUGAACGCGAUCACUGCUUCCCUUGGAGGGGAUUACAGAUGGAGUUUUGAUGAAACUGUCACUCAUUUCAUCUACCAGGGAAAGCAAAAUGAUAGCAACCGGGAAUACAAAUCUGUUAAAGAAAGAGGCAUACACAUAGUAUCAGAUCUCUGGCUUUCGGAGUGUGCAAAAGCAUGUAAACGACUCCCUGAAUCACUCUAUCCGCAUACAUACAAUCCCAAAAUGAGUUUGAAUAUUAGUGGUGUACAAGAUGACAGAGUCUCAACUAGGCUCGGCUCAGCUAGAAAAUCUGGAAAGGAAGAUGAGAGUAUUUCAUUAGAUGAUAGCAAUCUAGAAGAGGUUACUACGGAUCAAGUGAAUGAGGCAAUUGCUGUUGCAAAAGAGGAAAAAGCAUCAAAAGGAGUUUUAACACAGACAUUAGAAAUGAGGGAGAACUUCCAAAAGCAGCUACAGGAAAUCAUGACUGCCACUUCUUUAGAAAAACUGCAAGGACAAAGGACUUCUUUGUCCAGAAAUGGUUUUGACAACUCUCCGACAACUCCAGAUGGUGCUCGUUCAUUACGUAACGGCCGUAGCAGAGUCUUGGAAGCACUAAGACAGUCCCGUCAAGUAGCAAUGGAUGUCAACACAGAGCCAUCCCAGAAUGAACAAAUUAUUUGGGAUGACCCUACUGCAAGAGAAGAGAGAGCAAGACUUGCCAGCAAUCUACAGUGGCCUGGUAGCCCAUCACAGUAUUCCGAACAAACAGGCGAUCCCUCACUCAGGAAAUCCAUAACUGAUACAGAAAUUGCAGAAAUGGAUGUCAACAAUCCAGGAGUAACAAAUCUAGUUGAGGUCUCAGAACCAGAAGUAUUUAGAGAUCCGGAAACCCCCGUCAAAGGAGACAGUCCAAUUCCGACGCCAGUGGCUCCUGCCAUUGCUUUUCCACUUGCAAAUCCCCCUGUGGCUCCACAGCCCAAAGAAAAGGUUGUUAAAACUGACCAGACGUCUGAUGGCGAACCAGAAAAACAGCACAAAUUCCAGCUGUCUUCCCUUAACCCUCAAGAGCGAAUUGAUUAUUGCCAUUUGAUUGAAGAGCUAGGUGGGUUGGUGCUUGAGAAACAGUGCUUUGACCCCCGCUGUACACACACAGUUGUGGGAAGCCCUCUUCGCAAUGAGAAAUUCUUGGCAUCAAUGGCAGCUGGAAAGUGGGUGCUCCAUCGUUCCUACCUGGAGGCAUGUAGGGCAGCUCGGCAUUUUGUAGAGGAGGAAGAUUAUGAAUGGGGAAGUAACACUGUACUAAGUGUUAUUCCUGGAAUGAGCAUAAUCCAGAAGAAAUUAGCAGUCGCAACCAUGAGAUGGAGGAAAGCAAUACAAAGAAGUAAAAAGGAAACCGGCAUUACUGAGGGAGCAUUUAGUGGUUGGAAGAUUAUUUUGAAUGUUGACCCAGCUAAGGAAGCGGGCUUCAAGCGUCUCCUGGAAUCAGGAGGAGCAAAGGUGUUGCCUGGUUAUUCUUCUGCUCUCUUUAGGGAAGCCACCCACCUUUUUGCUGAUUUUAAUAAACUGAAGCCAGAAGGUAUAAGAGUCAACGUAGGAGAGGCUGUAGCUCAAGGAGUGAACUGCCUGAAGCCCGAAUAUAUUGCUGAUUACCUUAUAGAGGAACCACCACCUCCAAUGGAAUGCUAUCGUUUGCCUGAAGCCACUGCCUAUCUUCAGAAUGGCAAAGAACAAGGAAGUGAGUUAUCUCAAAAACGAAAAGCUCCUGAAGAAGCACACACAGUCAAGAGAUCCAGAAAGUAUUGACUGCUUUUCCUUUCCAUACAAUGAAUUUUCCAUUUCUAUUUAUAAUUGUUUUCUUUCAACAUGAAAGAACAUUAAAUUCUUUUGUA